GGAGAAGCACGAGACUAUUUCAUCUCUUCAGUCAACACACCUAAAAUUAAAUUCAUUUUUUGAUUAUUACAGGAGAGUGAUAUAAGAUGUCUACCUCGCUGAUGCAGUUGGUCUGCUUUUCUUUAGUGCUGUCCAUGUGGUCUACUGUAUACUGCUGGUCUUACCACGCGUCGAACAACACAAUGAACUGGGAAUCAGCCAGAAAAUGGUGCAGGGAACAUUUUACUGACAUGGUGGCAAUUCAAAACCAAGAGGAGAUUGAGCACCUGAAAACUCUGCUGCCCAGGAGGAGAGGCUACUACUGGAUUGGGAUUCGCAAGGUUAAUAAUGUCUGGACCUGGGUUGGAACCAACAAACCACUGACAAAAGAGGCAGAAAACUGGGCAACCAAUGAACCAAAUGGGGGCAGGCUGCAAACAUCGAGCCAAGCGGAGGAUUGUGUUGAGAUGUACAUUAAAAGGGAGGUGGAUGAAGGAAAGUGGAAUGAUGAGAUGUGCUCAAAAAGUAAAACUGCGUUGUGUUAUACAGCGUCCUGUAAAACGGAUUCAUGCCUCCAUGGUGAAUGUGUGGAGACCAUCAACAGCCACAUGUGCAAAUGCAAUCCAGGUUUUUAUGGAGACAAGUGUGAGCAAGUUGUAGAAUGUGACAAAGAUGCAGUGAUCCCCCCCCAAAAAGGAAGGGUUGAUUGCAUCCAUAAGUACGGGAACUUCUCCUAUGACUCGCUGUGCCAGUAUUCCUGUGAGGAAGGAUACCAACCAACUCUGUCAGAACCUCAGAGAUGCCUUGCAACAAAGGACUGGUCCAGUCAGGCUCCUACGUGUGAAUUGGUUCGGUGUCAGGAACUCUCUGCUCCUGCAAGAGGAUCAGUCAAUUGUUCUGACCCCCUGGAAAAAUUCAGCUAUCUUUCAAGCUGCAGCUUUACCUGUGAGGAAGGAUACCAACUGGAUGAUUCCUCCUUCUUUACUCUACAAUGUGAAUCAUCGGGGAAAUGGAACACAUCAAAGCCAUCGUGUGUCGCUGUUCAGUGUUCUGCUCUUCAGGAUCCAGACAAUGGUUUUAUGAGCUGUGAAGACAUGACUUUCAGCUAUACAAAGUCCUGCAGCUUCAGAUGUUCCCCUGGCUAUCGCCUUGUGGGACCAAGCAGGGUCACAUGCACAGCAGCAGCUGAAUGGAGUGAGCAGGUGCCACACUGUGAAGCCAUAACUUGUCAGAAUCCGGGAACAGGAGAUAAUCUGAUCCCUCAGUGCAGUGAAUCACUGNAGCUUCCAGGAAACCUGGACUGCAUCAGAUCUAACACCUGUCUCUGGUCUCUGUCAUCAGUGCUGUCCAUGUGGUCUACUGUAUACUGCUGGUCUUACCACGCGUCGAACAACACAAUGAACUGGGAAUCAGCCAGAAAAUGGUGCAGGGAACAUUUUACUGACAUGGUGGCAAUUCAAAACCAAGAGGAGAUUGAGCACCUGAAAACUCUGCUGCCCAGGAGGAGAGGCUACUACUGGAUUGGGAUUCGCAAGGUUAAUAAUGUCUGGACCUGGGUUGGAACCAACAAACCACUGACAAAAGAGGCAGAAAACUGGGCAACCAAUGAACCAAAUGGGGGCAGGCUGCAAACAUCGAGCCAAGCGGAGGAUUGUGUUGAGAUGUACAUUAAAAGGGAGGUGGAUGAAGGAAAGUGGAAUGAUGAGAUGUGCUCAAAAAGUAAAACUGCGUUGUGUUAUACAGCGUCCUGUAAAACGGAUUCAUGCCUCCAUGGUGAAUGUGUGGAGACCAUCAACAGCCACAUGUGCAAAUGCAAUCCAGGUUUUUAUGGAGACAAGUGUGAGCAAGUUGUAGAAUGUGACAAAGAUGCAGUGAUCCCCCCCCAAAAAGGAAGGGUUGAUUGCAUCCAUAAGUACGGGAACUUCUCCUAUGACUCGCUGUGCCAGUAUUCCUGUGAGGAAGGAUACCAACCAACUCUGUCAGAACCUCAGAGAUGCCUUGCAACAAAGGACUGGUCCAGUCAGGCUCCUACGUGUGAAUUGGUUCGGUGUCAGGAACUCUCUGCUCCUGCAAGAGGAUCAGUCAAUUGUUCUGACCCCCUGGAAAAAUUCAGCUAUCUUUCAAGCUGCAGCUUUACCUGUGAGGAAGGAUACCAACUGGAUGAUUCCUCCUUCUUUACUCUACAAUGUGAAUCAUCGGGGAAAUGGAACACAUCAAAGCCAUCGUGUGUCGCUGUUCAGUGUUCUGCUCUUCAGGAUCCAGACAAUGGUUUUAUGAGCUGUGAAGACAUGACUUUCAGCUAUACAAAGUCCUGCAGCUUCAGAUGUUCCCCUGGCUAUCGCCUUGUGGGACCAAGCAGGGUCACAUGCACAGCAGCAGCUGAAUGGAGUGAGCAGGUGCCACACUGUGAAGCCAUAACUUGUCAGAAUCCGGGAACAGGAGAUAAUCUGAUCCCUCAGUGCAGUGAAUCACUGGGAGUCAACUCUUCCUGUAACUUCAGCUGCGAACCAGGCUUUAAACUGCAGGGAGAGAAAAGCAUUCAGUGUUCUGAGGAUGGUCAGUGGAGUCAUGCUACGCCCACCUGCAAAGCUGUCAAGUGCCCUCUUCUUGAAGAGCCUGAAAAUGGUCGUAUGAAUUGCACAGACAGCCUGCAGGCUUUCAACUCUACAUGUUCCUUCAGAUGCAAUCCAGAUUUCCUAUUAGAUGGACACAAGAUCCUGACUUGUAAUCGUCGUGGCACUUGGACCGAAAAGAAACCCACUUGUCGAGCUGCUCCAGUUUCUGCCACUGUUGUUACUGGUGGGGUUGCAGCAGGGGGCACCGCCUUAGUAUCCGGUCUGUCUCUGGCUAUGUGGGUUAUGAAAAAACUGAAGCAGAGAGCCUCCAAGUUUGAGCUGAACAGCAGCUCCGAGGUGGAGGCACCACUCCAGGUCUACAAAAACAGCAUCGACAGUCUCAUCUAAGCAUCAACUUUAAAAAAAAAAACAACACUUAAAAAUAAAUUUAACCAAAAAGGAUUAAAGUUAGAAGUAUGAAUUUUCUCCCAAUGGGAGUUUAAUAUAGAACAUAUUGUUCUACUACACAUCAGUAUGCUGGAAAUCUAUUUUAUUUUGGCCUUUUUGUGAAUGUUGCACAAGAUUGUGGGU